AUGCAGUUUACUACCCUUUUCCUCCUUCUUGCGCCGCAAGUCAUGGCGGCAACCUGGAACCUUUCCGGCACCUGCAAGAACCAGAUUUGCGAAAUCGACACCCAGUACACCAGCCCUCAGCUCGUUUGUGGAAACUCAAACGGUCGCUUUAGUGACACGGGCAGAAAUGGAAGGUCAAGCUGUACCGGAUCAAGCAAGUGCACGUACGUCUGGACGUGCUAA